AUGUCUUCUUCUUCUUCUCAAGACCUGAACUUGAUUGCGCCUUUCUUCAUUUUGAACUUAGUCACUGCCGGCGGCGGCUAUUCCUACUACUGACCGGGAAGAAGCAAACGCGAUGUCUCCCGCCGGCGGAGGAUCUAGAGGAAGUCCCGAUUCAUAUGAAGACGUUGUGAAGAAUCGAUUUUUAGGCUUUCUUAUAUGGCAAGCUGUUCAAGCCUCAUCUCUAUUCCUACUCUUCAAAUCAUCUAUCCUCUCGCCCUUCUUUUCUCCUUCCAUUCUCAUCGCCUUCUUCGCCUUUAUUGCUUUUCAUUCGUCUCUUCUUCUCUUCUCUGUAUCCCUCUUCUUCGUCUCAUCCCCUCAACCCCUCUCAUGCGCUUACCCUUUGGAGCUUUCUUUUGGACUAAUUCGCACUGUAUUUGUCUCCGGCGGACAGCCAUUCCCCCCUGAUUUUCGCCGAAGAGCUAGGGUUUCCCUAAAUUUUAUCCUUUUCGUGGCGGCCUCCACUUUCUCUGGUUUCUUAGCUCUUCCUUGUCUAACCUGGAACUGCGUUUCACGGUCUAAUUGGUUCGUUCUCACCGGAGAUAUCGGUUUCAGAGGCCUUGUUGUUGGAUUCCUGUACGGGAUACACUACGUUUAUAAAGGGCUAUGGGUGUUGCAAUUUCCUAUUGUUCAACGUCCUCCUUUCUUCAGUUACAAGAUGGGACUCCCUUCUGCUUUCAGGCAGGCUUUAUGGAUCUCCAUUGCAGCUUACCUCUUCUCAGCUCUGUUGGCUCUUAUUUCUCUUAGCAGUUCUAGGAGUCAGGUCACUAUUCUGAAACUAAUUGCUGAUGAAAUCAAAAUAUGGGUGGGAAUUUUCACACUUUCCCUUUGCUGGGAAUUAAGUCAUCAUCUGCAUCAGGUUCUACAUACAAAAAGGUUUGUAUUUGCGCCAUCAAAAGGGUCAGCAGCUGUUGAAACGAAUCCAAGUGAGCCUCUUCUUGCAGCACUGGAGGAAAGCAGUCCCAGAUCGCUAAUGCAAUUCUUUGCAUAUUUGGAUGUUUAUAUGGUCAGUGAGUCUAAUGUAGAUAUGUGGCGUCGAGCAGCCUUUUUUGAAGAAACGGGGGAAACCUACAAACGUGUUGUAGCUAUAUGUUUGAGGCCUCUAGAACAUCUGACUGCAGAAUUGAAUGAGGGUUUAGAAAUUACUGUUGUAGACAAAACCCCCCAAUUAGGGUCCCAGUUACAAUCGUCCACCACGGAAUCUGAAUCUAAUUCGAGGCUCCAACAAGCAUUUUAUAAUUUACAGGUUUGCAUUUGGUGUGCGAGAACUCUGUCUACGCUGACUGCUCGAUCUCGCAAGGAAGAUAGAUAUGGGGUUGCUCAGCUCUCGGGUAGCCAUGCUUCAGUGAUGUCGACAUUAUUGUCAUGCUUAAUUGCAAUAGAGACUUUAAUGGGGAAAAAACAGAGUCUGGAAAACACAAAUUACCUAAUGGGUCCUGGGAAUAUCAAGUGGGCAACAGCUAGUACAGUUAAGAGAGGAGCGGGUGCAAUUGCGGUUAAAAGAAGAGACGGUCCUAUCUAUUUGAAGGCUUAUGCCGUUGCGGAUGUGCUACGUAAUUCGAUAUACAGCAUUGUGUCUGCUUUUCAUGAAGAGAUGAUUGUUGCGGUUAAAGGGGGUUGUCUUAAGAAGGAAUGGUUAGCUAGCACUAGCAGCAAUGAGGAACUUAUGUUGCAGAAAUUACACCAAUUCCUUGAUUUUCGGGCUAGCUAAAUGCGGUUAUCUUAUUCCAGUUUCUUUUUCUUCCUCUUCUUGAUGUUGCUAUUUUUUUAUAUAUCUGUAGGAAUAUUUUUGACAAUAUUUACUGUGUGAACUGAUCAAUGGAGCACAAGUUUUGUCAUUCAUUUUCCCACAACCUUGGUGGUGACUACACAGUGAAUUGAAGUAUCCAUAAAUAAAACCUAUUCUCAAGAAAAUUUCAUUUCAUUUA